AGGCAAGUUCCCUCCCCAGUCUACCUGCCCGCAAGCUACCUGGCGCACCUCGGCUAGCUACUCUCCCGGAGGCUUUUGGACUUGGACGCACCUGGCGAUGGCGAGGCUGCUGGUGGGCCUCUUGCUGGCCUGUGUCGUAAAAGAGAUCGGUGCUCAAAAUGUAUUAUGUGGAGUGCCCGCCCUGGGACGGAUUGUGGGAGGUACAGAUGCUCAGAACGGACAAUGGCCUUGGCAGGUCAGCCUUCAUAUCAACGUCCAAGGACAACAGCAUCAUGUCUGCGGAGGCACCCUUAUCGCCCCCCAGUGGGUGAUCACGGCAGCCCACUGCUUUCCCACCGUUAACCCUGUUGACAUUUAUGAUGUGAUCCUGGGGGAUUUCCAGCUCAAAAACCCCACUCGGGACAGGGUAGUGAGACAGGUGGAAAGAGUCAUCAAACAUCCGGGGUACACCGAAAACGAAGGGUCUAAAGCGGACGUCGCCCUGGUGAAGCUGAAGCAGGCGGUUACGUACAGCCGCACCAUCCGGCCCGUCUGCCUUCCGGCCUCUUCCGUCAACUUCCCCGUCGGCAUGAAGUGCACCGUCACUGGCUGGGGCAAUGUGCUCACAUCUACCAGCCUUCCUUCACCCAAGACCCUGCAGCAGCUAGAAGUGCCCAUUCUUGGGACCGACACCUGCCGCUGCCUGUACAACUUGAACCCUAAUCCCGAGGACCCCCACAUCAUCUACGACGACAUGAUGUGUGCCGGCCAUGCGGAGGGCAAGAAGGAUGCCUGCCAGGGUGACUCCGGGGGACCUCUGUCUUGUCCUGUAAACGAUAUCUGGCUGCUGGCUGGGAUAGUAAGCUGGGGGGAUUCGUGUGGCCAGCCCAACCGUCCUGGCGUCUACACGGAAGUUACAUAUUAUGUGAAUUGGAUUCAGCAAAAUGUCCCAGACUUGGCCCUCACUGACGUGACAGUGGAAGACGAGCCGAUCUCAGAAGAGGGCAUAUGUUCGACGGCACCCCCUCUGCCCUUGACCGUUUGGAUUCUGCUAGCUUGCACGGCCUCCUUACUGUGUGUCUUUGGGGCUGGUUAAGACGUUGCCGUUUUACCCACGCCUCCUCCCGGCCCAGAAACGGAGAUGGAGAAGUUUGACUAUUACAUUUCGUUCCUGGACAAGGGCCUCUUUUGUUUGGCAGUAAUUGCCUUAUUUUUCUACUGACCGGUUUGUGGACGUUUGAAGCUGGACUUUGUGACUUUCACGCUUCGGUGCUGAUCAACAAAUCCCUCCGGGACGGGCUGAAUCAAAAUCUCUUGGCACACCAAAUUGGUUGGCAAGAUGUAGAUGGACAGUGCCUACCUGUAUGGACUGAAGGAUUAAAAGGCAGCGGGGCCCUGUUUUGUGGAAACCUACAGCUUACCUUCCCUGGGUACUGACAUUUUUUAAACAACCGUGGAUUUGCACAUGUUCACCGCUUAAAAUCCAAGCAGCGUGGCUACAAUGUGAAAUAGGGCUGAAUCGAAAUCCCUUGGCACGCACCGGCUGGCAAGAUGUAGAUGGACUCUACCUGUGUGAACUGAAGGAUUAAAAGGCAGAAGGCCCCUGUUUUGUGAAAACCUACAGCUUACCUUCUUUGGGAACUGACCUUUUUUAAAAAAAAACACACACAUGUAUUUGCACAUUUUUAUCACUUAAAAUCCAGGUGUUUCAGCAUCUCUUUCUUGAUCAACUGGGAUGCUACUCUCAUGAUGUAAGUUUAUAAUAAAGUGAAACAGGA